UGUGUGGAGUGAUACUCCAGUAUAUCCUAAUAAUGAUGGUAUCAUUAAUAAUUAUCAUGACAUCAUACAGCAAGCUAAAGGAUUGAAGAUCCCGGUUGCAAUGGCUACUGAUCUCCUAGCCCUCACCCUCCUCAAGUCUCCUGGUGAAUUAGGUGCCAGUAUUGCCUUUGGUAACAGUCAGAGGUUUGGAGUACCAAUGGGUUGUGGUGGGCCUCAUGCUGCUUUCUUUGCUGUUAAAGACGAACUAAAGAAACAAAUGCCUGGAAGACUAGUGGGGAAGAGCUGGGAUCAGUAUGGUGUCCCUACCUACAGACUAGCACUGCAGACAAGAGAGCAGUUCAUUAGGAGAGAGAAGGCCACUAGUAACAUAUGCACUGCCCAAGCACUGCUGGCUAAUGUAUCAGCUAUGUAUGCAGUGUAUCAUGGACCCAAGGGACUGAAGGAUAUUGCAAUGGAAGUACAUAAAGCUACUGUACUAUUAGCUGAAGGCCUGAGACUGUUAGGUUGGACUAUCAAUAAUGAAACUGUCUUUGAUACAAUAAUGAUAUCAAAUGGAGACAUUAGCACUGAUAAAAUACAGAGGAGAUGUGACGAAAAGAAGAUAAACAUAUGUCACUAUGGAGACGGACUGUUAUACGGUGUUUCAUUGGAUGAGACUGUCAUAGGUAGUGAUUUAAUUGACUUACUGUAUGUGUUUGGAGCUAAUGAAGAAGAGGCUGCCAGUGUCCUGUACAGUGUAUCUGAUGCUGAUUCUAAUGUCAGUAUUACUGGUAGUGGCCAUGAGAGGGAAACACCUUAUCUCACUCAUCCUGUCUUUAACAGUUAUCAUUCAGAGACUAAGUUGUUACGUUACAUGAAGGAGCUUGAGAACAGAGACCUCUCACUCUGUCACUCUAUGAUACCACUGGGUUCCUGUACUAUGAAACUCAACCCGACCAGUGCUCUACUCCCAGUGUCCCUUCCUCAAUUCAACACCAUCCAUCCUUAUGUACCCAGUAACCAGACCACUGGAUACCAGGGUCUCAUUGAUGAAUUGGAGUCUUACUUGUGUAGCAUCACUGGAUAUGAUAAGUUCUCCUUCCAGCCCAACAGUGGGGCCCAGGGGGAAUACGCUGGACUCUGUGCUAUACUGGCCUAUCUGAGGGAUAAAGGGGAGGGGCAGAGAGAUAUAUGUCUGAUACCAGCCUCAGCUCAUGGCACUAACCCAGCCAGUGCUAUAAUGGCUGGUCUUAAAGUGGUUGAGAUACCAAUGAACAAAGAAGGAGAAGUGACUAAAGACUCUUUUAAACAAAAAAUAGAAGAAGCUGGUGAUAAGUUAGCGACCAUUAUGGUGACCUAUCCCUCCACUAGUGGUGUGUUUGAGGACUCCAUUAGAGAGGUCUGUGACAUGGUACACUAUUAUGGAGGACAGGUAUAUGUAGACGGUGCUAAUCUCAAUGCUCAGGUUGGGCUCUGUCGUCCUGGGGAUUAUGGAGGAGAUGUGUCUCAUCUGAACCUUCACAAGACCUUCUGUAUACCUCAUGGAGGGGGUGGACCGGGAAUGGGACCUAUUGGAGUUAAGGCUCAUUUAGCUCCAUACCUACCUGGUCAUCCAGUAACUGGUCCUAAUCCAUUAAAGUCCUUUGGAACAGUAUCAUCAGCAGCAUGGGGCUCUGCCUCCAUCAUACCAGUCUCAUGGGCUUACAUACUAAUG